GGCCCUCCACUUUUCUCAAAAGCUACAUCUUUAUUCUUUUGUCCUUCUCUUCCACAUUUUCCAAAACACAUGGAGAGGCCCUCCAUUUCUUAUUGCUCCUUUCAAAUGAAUCCAAGUGAAACCCUCUCUCACGGGCUUCCUCUUCACCUCACGGCCCCCUCUUUUAUUCCCACACGGCUUUCCACUUCAAGUAAGGUAUACACCCUUAAACAAUGGGACCCAUGCCUUCUUCUUUUCUUCAAUGGCCAUGACCGAGAGCUAUGCUCUCCUUCUUUGCUUGCUGCCGUGUGCACUUCUAAAACGCUGCUGCUUCUUCUUUUCCCUGCUGUUUGGUGGCUGCUCCAAUACGUUCCAGCCCCCUCUCUUUGCACACCAACACACCAACUCUCUUGGCUGCUGGACUUCAUGUGCGGAAGACGCCAUCAACACGUUAGCCUCCAACGUCGUUGUCGCCCGCUCCAGCCCCGGAACCAGCUUGCUCGCCUUCUCCAUCUUCGGCACCAACCCCUGCGGAAACGCCUUCGCCACUUCCAGCGUCUCCCCCGGCUCCUGCGGGAGACACUCCAGCUCCCUCUCCUCUUCAGUGGCGGCUCUCCCUCAUACUCCUUUCUCUGCUGCUGUGUCCGAGAGCUCCUGAAGUCACAGCGUGAGCACCUUCCAAAAUGAAAUCAGCGCCAGCCGUGACCUUCUCCUCUUCCAUCCGUAGCUCUGAUACCAAUUUGUAGAAAUCGAGCUGGGAGGUAUAAGUGAGUUGCACACAAUAAUCCAAAUAGUGGUUAGUGAAGUGGAUGGCUACUUUCGGUGUAGUGUGGUAGUUACAAUCAUCACAAACAAACAAAUAAAACCGUGUGGACCCUUUUAAAGUUUACCCAACAUUUCUUGCUUCCUCGUGGUGUUCUACAUGUGGUCCUUUUCUUAGUUUUCUAGUUUUGUUCCUUUAAUCUUCGGUCUUGAUUUCUUUAGUUUUUGGGGACUUCUUAUUGGUUACCGCCACAUCGAUUGUGCUCACAUCUAUGAGAACGAGAAGGAGAUUGGCUCUAUGUUGAAGAAGCUGUUUGAGGAGGGUGUAGUGAAGCGCGAGGAUUUGUGGAUUACAUCUAAACUCUGGAAUACUGAUCAUGCUCCAGAAGAUGUACCGCUGGCAUUGGACAGGACUUUGAAAGAUUUGCAGCUUGAUUAUGUAGACUUGUAUCUUAUCCACUGGCCAACUCCAAUGAAAAAAGGAACACAAGGCUUUAAUCCUGAAAAUCUUGUGCAAGCAAACAUACCUAACACAUGGAAGGCAAUGGAAGCACUCUUUGACUCUGGCAAGGCUCGGGCUAUAGGCGUAAGCAAUUUUUCCACCAAAAAGCUGGCAGAUUUGCUGGAAGUUGCUCGUGUUCCUCCUGCUGUCAACCAGGUGGAGUGUCAUCCUUCAUGGCAGCAAGAGAAGCUGAGAGCUUUCUGCAAAUCCAAAGGUGUCCACCUCUCUGGAUAUUCACCUUUGGGUUCCCCUGGAACACCCUGGCUUAAAAGUGACGUCCUUAAGCACCCAGUUUUAAAUACGACUGCGAAGAAGCUAGGCAAAACUCCUGCACAAGUAGCUCUUCGCUGGGGACUUCAAAUGGGUCAAAGUGUGCUUCCCAAGAGUACAAACGAAGCACGGAUAAAGGAGAAUUUUGAUAUUUUUGGCUGGUCUAUCCCUGCGGACUUACUCGCUAAAUUUUCUGAGAUUCAGCAGGCAAGAUUACUGAGGGGUACCACAUUCGUCCAUGAAACUUGGGGUGCCUACAAAACUGUCGAGGAAUUAUGGGAUGGUGAAAUCUGAGCAUCUGCUAUGUUUGUUCGAUGGAGUGAAUGGAACGUGGAGUAGGAGUUCGUCACUGUCUUUGGGUGUAGGGUUCUGAGAAACUCUGAAUAGGUGCACUGUUCAAUUGUUGAUUUUAGCAAAUUAUAUUAAAUUACUGGUUGGAUCAAACUUAGCAUCUUGACACUCAUUCAUAUUUCUCUUUGAUAUACAAUUGAGUGAUUUUCAUUAA